GGCAAAGAGAGAGAGAGAGAGAGAGAGACCCAUCUCAUUGCAGAAAUAGCAUUUUUUAUUUUUUGCCUUUUUAUAAUAAUAAUACAAAAUCUGAAUCUCUUCUCCUCCGUCGAAGUUUUGAAUUCUCUCUGGUUCUCUGAUUCCUUCCUCCUCUGAGCUCCCUUCAGCUUCGAUUUCUCUCGCAUUUUCGUUUCCGUUAUGCACGGCUGAGAUCAUCGUAGAUCGUGAUUGAAGCGAGAGAUUUUUUAGGAGAGAGCGAAGAUGAGCGAGGGCCAGAAGUUCCAGCUGGGAACAAUCGGCGCUUUGAGUUUGUCCGUUGUGUCGUCCGUCUCGAUCGUGAUCUGUAACAAAGCCCUUAUUAGCACCCUUGGCUUCACUUUCGCGACUACUUUGACAAGUUGGCAUCUUUUGGUCACAUUUUGUUCCCUUCAUGUGGCAUUAUGGAUGAAGAUGUUCGAGCACAAGCCUUUUGAUCCACGAGCUGUGAUGGGGUUUGGCAUAUUGAAUGGGAUAUCCAUAGGACUAUUGAACCUCAGCCUGGGCUUUAAUUCUGUCGGUUUCUACCAGAUGACAAAACUAGCAAUUAUUCCCUGCACUGUUCUCUUGGAGACCCUCUUUUUCAGGAAAAAGUUCAGUCGGAAAAUCCAGUUUUCCUUAACCAUCCUUCUCCUUGGUGUUGGAAUCGCUACCGUCACAGAUCUUCAGCUUAAUAUGCUGGGUUCUAUCUUGUCAGUGCUGGCUGUUAUCACAACUUGUGUUGCUCAAAUUAUGACAAAUACCAUCCAGAAGAAAUUCAAAGUUUCAUCCACGCAACUUCUGUAUCAGUCUUGCCCAUAUCAAGCAAUCACUCUUUUCGUCACUGGGCCAUUUUUAGAUGGGCUCCUUACCAACCAGAACGUGUUUGCCUUCAAGUACACUUCUCAAGUAGUGUUCUUCAUCGUGCUGUCCUGCCUCAUAUCAGUCUCUGUAAACUUCAGCACUUUUCUUGUCAUUGGAAAGACAUCUCCUGUCACAUAUCAAGUUCUGGGACAUCUCAAAACAUGCCUGGUUCUAGCAUUUGGCUAUGUGUUGCUGCGAGACCCAUUUGACUGGCGCAACAUUCUCGGUAUUCUGGUGGCUGUGAUUGGAAUGGUUGUUUAUUCCUACUACUGCUCGAUUGAGACUCAGCAGAAGGCAAGUGAAACAUCAACGCAGUUGCCACAGAUGAAGGAGAGCGAGAAAGAUCCGCUAAUAGCAGCAGAAAAUGGAAGCGGAGUGUUAUCAGAUGGUGGUGGAGGAGUUCAAAAGACGGUGGCUCCUCAGAGAAGUAGGGGAGACUGAAAAAAUCAACAACCCUUCCACACACCGUAUGGGGGAAAAAAAAAUGAAGUAGAGAGUGAGGGGAGGGGAGGAAAAGGGAACAGCUUUGAUGAUCCAUUUUUAUUAUACACAGUAGGUUUUUGUUUUUCUUUGGAUUUAGUAUUACAACUCUGUAUUCAAAAGUCUGUGGUAUAUUCGUCAACACUGAAAACAUAUAUUUGAUUUUUUUA